ACAACACCUGAUCAAUUACAUUGCAUAUAUACAUACAAGUUUAGCUAUUUAAAUAAUUUGUUGUGUGAGAUAUAUAGAUAGAUAGAUGAGCAGGCAAGGAGAUUGGCUAUGUGGUGCAUGCCAGCACCUAAAUUUCCAAAAACGAGAGACGUGCCAAAGAUGUUGCUGCCCCAAGUAUGCUACGGCAACGGACAUGUCCUCUUACGCAAACACGUUUAUAUUAAUGCAAAAAACAGAAAUAAUUUUACAGGCAGGAGACUGGUACUGCAGUUGUGGUGCGCAUAACUAUGCCAGCCGAACAAAUUGCUAUACAUGUUUUGCCUUUAAGGAUUACUCCGGAUAUGGUGCUGCCUACACCUAUGACGCUAUUCCUGGUUGGAAAACUGGUGACUGGAUUUGCUCCAGAUUAGGAUGCGGCAUGCACAAUUAUGCAAGCAGGAUGGAGUGUUUCAAAUGCCAGACACCGAAAGAUUUUGACAUCGGAAAUGAGGGUGUUACAUCCAUGGCCAUUCAAAUGAGGAACAAGAAACAGCAAGCUUUAGGGUGGGAAUCUGAUGAUGAGUGGAUAUCUGAGAUUGAGAGAGAAGACUCGAGUCGAAUACAAGUUUCCAAGAGGAAAAUGGUGAAUCUAGCAACAAGAAAGGGAAGGAAAAAGUCACCGUUGAAGUUGACGGUUUAUAAGAGGAAGAGGUCUUGGAACAAAUCAAAGCAAAUAUUGAAAGUGAAGAAAUGCUUGAUUUGGAUGAUGAUAGUGACGAACAUGGAAGUAUGA